GGAGCGGAGACUGUGCAUUACCCUAGGCUGAUCAGAGAAAUUAAAAACAGAGAUGACUUUAAAUGUUUAUGCAAACUCAAGAAUUUCAGCAGAUAACAAAUCAGCUGACUCAGAAGACUCAUACGAAGCUAUCUAUAUGAAUGAAGAUGUUCUGGAGACUUGGGUGACCAGAAGUCAUAAAGGAACUAUGACCUCAGGAAUCAAUCCUGCAGGGAAGAAGUGUUACAGACUGCCUGCAGUGUGUUUGCUGCUGCUGUGUUUUCUCCUGCUGGCUGCCGUCACAGUGCUGUGGAUUAAAUUCAGCAUCCUUAGAAAAGAAAAAGUAGAGUUACAGACCAGUCACAACAACCUAACUAUAGAGAAAGACCAGUUACAGAUCAGUCACAACAUCCUGACUAAAAAGAGAGACGAGUUACAGGGGAAGAUGCUUAACUUGGUUUCAUGUUACAAUGUGGAGUGGAGAUAUUUCAACUCCAGAAUUUACUAUAUCUCUACUGAGCCCAAAGACUGGACUGAGAGCAGACAGGACUGCAUAGAGAGAGGAGCAGACCUGGUGAUCAUCAACAACAAAGAGGAACAGGAGUUUAUCACGAAACAGUUAGGCAACAGCUGGGCUUGGAUUGGUCUGAGUGACAGAGAAACAGAGGGGAUUUGGAAAUGGGUGGAUGGUACACAAAUGACCACUGAGUACUGGAAUAAGGGGGAACCAAAUAAUGUAGGUGCUGAGGACUGUGCUGAGAUUUCGGGUAAACCAGAAAAGAAGGGCUGGAAUGACUAUUCAUGCUUCAAUAAAAAAAUAUGGAUCUGUGAGAAAAGUAUUGAUUUUAAUAAUUAAGUACAGUGUACAGUGGAUCAGUACAGUAAAAUGAUACAAUAUUCACACAUCAAGCUGAAUUCAUGAAGUAGUUCCGUUCAGGUUUUAUUCUAUGCAAUGCUUAAACAAUGCUUAAAAAUGAAUGCUUGAAAAAAGAAUCCUUAAAGUGAUUUUAUUGUAUGUCAUGCCUGAAGCUCACAAAGCACAAAGAUAAAAAAACACUUUAUUAAAUUUUAAUUACUGGAUAAUGUAAUAGUCAUUUGUUUAUGUUUCAACAGGUUUAUGUUUGCUGAACAUAGAUUCAUAUAUCAUAUGAAUCUUCCUUUAACAAUUUGCAUUUUAUGUGAAAAUUUAUUCUGUAGAUGAUUAGAGUGCAUAUAUUUUUAAAUAGGUGUCUAUUGCUGUGUGUGUGUUGGGGGGGGUAUGCUAUGUAUUAAUUGUAUUUUGGGGGAGAUAGUGAUGUGGGGUGUUAAGCUCCAUUCACACAUAUAGCGACUCACGUGUCACCUGCUGAUACAUUUUAUUAGUAUGGUGUAACAUCAUAUGGUUUAAAACCAACAGUCUUUACCUGCCAUUGUCUUGAUAGUCUGUGAAUGACUUUUCUGGUUUUUCGUGUUACGGUUUUUGCUAUUCGGAUUUGUUUGCCUGUUGAUUGUUCCUUCCAAUGCUUCAGAUCUUAACAAAGAAACAAAGAAAAACUUCUUAGUUUUACAAUACUAAAACUCAUCAUCAUCUGCCACCCUCCGAAUCCCCUAGGAGAUGUCCUGGGAGAAAUGAUUAUAUUCCUCACUAUUUUCCCUUCUGACAGCACCCCUUUUCACUUAUUUUUUCUUGUUUGUUUUCCUAUUUAAAAGUAAAUGUAAAUACUCUUUAGCUCUAGUUCUGUGUUGUUUUAUGUCACUCUGUAUUUCAUGUAGCACCAGGGUUCUGGAGGAAUGUUGUUUUAUUUCA